GCAGCACCUGUUUGGCGUCCCCGCAAGCGCCCUAGGGUUUUGUGGCGUCUUCCUAGGGUUUAUAGUUCGUCUUUCGUUCACGGACUCGGACAGAGAGAGGGAGGGAGGGAGAUGGAUUCAUUCUCGUCGCCGUCGAGUGGGUCGUCUUCCCAGUUCUCUACGGAUGAAUUCAUGGACCAGCUGAAGACUCAGCUUGCCCAGGCUUACGCGGAGGAGUUUCUUGAGACUGUGAGGGGGAAGUGCUUUGAAAAGUGCAUCACAAAGCCCGGUUCAAGCUUGAGUGGGAGCGAGAGCAGUUGCAUCUCUAGGUGCGUGGAACGUUAUAUUGAGGCCACCGGUAUCGUCAGCAGAUCCCUUUUCAGUGCACCACGCUGAGAUUUUGUUGCAAAUUCUUUCUCGAGCAAUCUUUGGAGGACAUGUCUUUAUAGUGGAACAUGCCAACAUAAUUGAGUUGCAUUGGUUACUCAUAGAGAAUUUAGCCGCCUUUCUGUGUAUCAAUGACUUAUUUCAAGUUCAAUAUGAUAUCAUUCUGUUUGUGAGAUA